GUUCCUUCAGUAGCUUUCCAAUCACGGCGAGUGUUGUUGACAAGUCGGUCCCCUAUACAGUCAUGGCAGCCUCCGGUGAGGAGUUUGGUGUUGACUUGAAAGGUUGUCUGGAAAUACUGUCAACAUGCUGAACCUGACGAUAAAGCGACUGUCACAGGCCUUCAGGGAGGGAAGACUCUCUCCAACAGAGGUUUGCAGAAGCUGUCUGAAUCGCAUUAAAAAAACCCAACAUCUCAACGCUUACAUCAGCGUAACGGAGGAGUUGGCACUAAAGCAGGCUCAGGAAGCAGAAACCAGACUGUCACAAGGUGCCCCCAAGGGUCCUCUGGAUGGAAUCCCUUUUGCAGUCAAGGACAACUUCUGCACAAAGAAUAUUAGGACCACAUGUGCUUCCAGGAUGCUCAAAGACUAUAUUCCACCAUACAGUGCUACGGUGGUCCAGAAACUCCUAGAUCAAGGGGCUGUUCUUAUGGGAAAGACCAACAUGGAUGAGUUUGCUAUGGGUAGUGGAAGUACUGAUGGGUUUUACGGUCCAGUAAGGAACCCCUGGAGCUACACUGCCCCAUACAGAGAGCAGUCAAGUGCAGCGCCAGACUCUGACUGGGUCAUCUCUGGAGGAAGCUCUGGAGGAAGUGCUGCAGCUGUGGCCUCUCUCACCAGCUACCUGGCUUUGGGUUCAGACACAGGUGGUUCCACUCGUAACCCAGGAGCGCUGUGUGGCCUUGUGGCCUUGAAACCAACUUACGGCCUACUGUCCAGACAUGGUCUAAUCCCUCUGGUCAACUCCAUGGAUGUGCCCGGCAUUUUGACUCGCAGUGUUAGCGAUACCGCUAUUGUCUUAGGUAUUCUUCAAGACCUCGAUGUUCAAGACUCAACAACAAUUCCUGCCCCUGCCUCUUUGGCAGAUUUACCAGUAGACUUCAAUGUCAAGAACCUCUGUGUUGGCAUCCCCAAGGAGUACCACGCCCCAGGAUUGUCUGAGGAGGUACUAGCUCAGUGGAGUCAUGUUGCUGACAUGUUUGAGAGAUCAGGGGCAAGGGUGGAGCAAGUAUCUCUCCCACACACCCAGUACUCCAUUGUAUGCUACCAUGUGCUGUGCUGCGCUGAAGUGGCAUCUAACAUGGCUCGCUUCGAUGGCCUUGAAUAUGGUCACCGGAGUGAGGUGGACAGCUCAACAGAAGCAAUGUACGGCUCGACCCGACAUGAGGGCUUUAAUGACGUAGUGAGAGGGAGAAUUCUGUCUGGGAACUACUUCCUGCUCAAACAGAACUACCACCACUACUUUGUGAAAGCCCAAAAAGUCCGCCGGCUCAUAGCAAACGAUUUUAAGGUGGUGUUCGACUCUGGUGUCGAUGUGCUGCUGACACCCACCACCCUGACAGAUGCAUCCCCUUACUCCGACUUCACACAGGAAGACAACAGAACACGCAGCGCACAGGAAGACGUCUUUACCCAACCUGUGAAUGUUGCAGGUCUACCUGCUGUCUCUAUGCCUACCGCACUAUCAAGACAAGGCCUUCCUAUUGGCUUACAGCUCAUAGGCCCAGCCCUCCAAGACAGGAAGCUGCUCAGUGUUGCACAGUGGAUCGAGCAGCGCGUGGGGUUUCCCUCCAUCAGUGACUAUGUAGAGUUUAGUGAGAGCAGAACCAGAAGAGAGCAGAUUUCAACUGUAUGGUGAUAUGAAACAACUGCUAAAGUCACACCUUGCAGACACAUAUUGAACUUGAACAUGACCAACUAGCGUUUUGGUUUUUGCUGAGGUUGGUCAGUGAUUUGACCCCCUGAUGACAUAGAACCUGCACUUAGACAUAUGGCAUUUAAAUGUUCACAUGCUGCUGUGGUUUAUGCCUAAAGGCACCGUUAAUGAUUUUAACUUCUUCACUAUUCACUUUCUGCAAAAAUACAAUGUUAAAAAAGCAA